AGAAGGAGUUACCUGCAAAAAAGGACGAUGAUAUCUGAUCUUCCAAGGGAUUUAGCAGAGAAUGUGCUCAUUAGGCUUCCGAUGACAUCUAUGAGAGCAGUGCGGUCUGUUUGCAAAGAGUGGAACACUUUAUCCAAGGAUAGCUUCUUUACGAAGAAACACAUUGCUCAAGCAAAAGCUGCAGCAGCAGAGGAGUUUAAGGUGGUCAUGGUGAUGGAUUCUCGUGUUUAUUUGAUGGGCAUCAAUUUUUAUGAGGACGUUGACCCAACUAUAAACCAUCACGGUAAACUUAUUAGCCUAGACGAUUCCAGUCGAGUCGAUGUAUCUUUAGUCUAUCACUGCGACGGUUUACUCUUAUGCAUCACAAAAGACUUCACUAAGCUCGUUGUUUGGAAUCCGUAUUUGUGUCAAACCUUGUGGCUCGAGCCCAUAAGUACUUCUCUCUAUAGCUCGUAUAGGUAUGCUAUUGGAUACAAGAAUAGCAAAUCAUGCCGCAGCUACAAAAUUUUGAGAUUGUUAUCUAUGUGUUUUAUGUACGAAGUGUACGACUUAAACUCUAAUUCAUGGAGUUUUUUUGAUGUCCAUCCCUACUGGUAUAUACAGUGUUAUGCACGUGGCGUGUCUCUCAAAGGAAAUACUUAUUGGUUUGCUCGAGAAUUGUAUCGAUAUCAAGAGAUGGCUGAUUUCUUGAUCUGUUUUGAUUUCACAACUGAGAGGUUUGGACCGCGUCUUCGUCUGCCGUUUGGUCACCCUGCUAGUGAAGACACUGUGAGUCUUUCUAGUGUUAGAGACGAGCAACUUGCUGUGUUGUUUCAGACCUGCGCCGACAACAAACAGAUGGAGAUUUGGGUUACGGUUAAGAUUGAACCUGAAGUAGUGUCGUGGAACAAGGUGUUCUUAAGAGUUGAUAUGCAACCACUCACUCGUUUUCAAUUUCGAGUCAAGGCAGGGAGUUUUUUUAUUGACGAAGAGAAGAAAUUGGUUGUGGUUUUUGAUAGAGACAACAAGAAGGUGAAGAAUACUCCCCGUCGCAACACAGCUUAUAUCAUUGGAGAGGGUGGAUAUUUCAGAAAAGUUGAUCUCGGCCGAGAAGCUUCAGAAAUUCAUGAUUUCCCUGGGAAAAUUUCCCCACUUGGAUGCUCAUAUGUUCCAAGCUCAGUGCAGAUCAAGCAAAGAAAUUAA